GAAAGUCACGUGCACAGUACCUUCUCAACACAGCCUCAAAUAUCCCAGCUCCAUCUGCUGAGAUUAAUUUGUUGUCGCAUGGAAAUUCCACCGAAAAAUUCUUAACUGAUCGUUGCAAUAUAAUGUAUUUGUAAGUGCUUAGCAAUAGCUUAUUUCAAGGAGAAUUAAGAUAUUUCAUGCUGAACACUGUUAAUUGACAUUUAUUUGUGCUUAAUCAAUGCUCCAGUGGCUCUAGAUCUAACUCUAGCCUAAACCAAUAACAGAAAUAAUGGAUUAUCAUCAUCAUGCAUUUCGAGAUAUUGAGACCGACGGCGAUUCGAGUUCAAAAAAAUGUAUUAAGUCUACUUUCAAUGACGAUAAAAUCGAUUCUGGACUGGAUUCUCUUCAGUGGGAAUCUAUCGACUCUGGAGCAUGUCGUUCACAUGAGGUGGAAGAAGGUGAUCCUCAAAAAAGUAACUGUGAUGUCGAAUUGAGGCGGUUAGAAAAUGAUAUCUCGGACAUGACGAUUGAUCCAACUAAUGUGUGUGAUUCAGGUCUCGAUGAAGUGGACUUAAUAGAAAUCAGAGAUGAAGAGUUAAAUUUGGAUGACAAUUGGGUAUCGCCGUCAUUUUCACCACAGAGAGUUGUUGAAAUAUUUCAAGGAGAUGAAGAUGGAGACACUCAUCUUCAUUUGAGCAUCAUUCACGGACUUCCACAAGUGACAAUGCAAAUCAUUGGAUUAGCCCCUGACCUGGAUUGGCUAAAUCAAACCAACAGCCUUUUGCAAACACCAUUACACAUUGCAGUCAUCACCAGACAGACAAGUGUUGUGAGAAGGCUCAUAUGUGCAGGUGCAUCUAUUGAUGUUAGGGACCAGUUGGGCAACACACCUCUGCACACAGCUUGCAGGUUGGGCUUUGAGGAUGUGGUUAGAAUGUUGCUUAUGCCUGUUAAAUAUGAGGAAACCAGACAGAAUAAAUACAUUGUUCCUUUUCAAAGAUUUCCACAAGAUCUCGAGUCCAGAAAUUAUGAAGGUCUAACUUGCCUGCAUUUGGCUUCUAUUGGAGAGCAUUUACAUGUGAUGAAGCUAUUAUUAGCAUCUGGUGCCAACAUAAACACAGCCGAAGGCAAGAGUGGCAGGACAGUUCUUCAUUUUGCUGCUGAGUGGGGCAACUUGGACUUGUUAAAGUUUGUGCUUUCUCAGAAAGAUGUGAAUGUGAAUGCAAAGACCUAUGCAGGAUUAACCCCAUUCUUUUUAGCACUAGGUCGUCAACAUGAAGAUAUAACAGAAGAACUGGCCAGAUGUGGGGCUGUAUGUGAUACUAUGAUAUUAAGUGAUGAUUCUGACCUAGAUGUUUCAGAUGAAGAAAUGGCUGAUGAGAGACCCACAUUUCGAUCUUUUGGGGCUUUACCUCAAAGAGUUUGUCAGAAUACCUAUGGAUAAAAUAUAAAAUAUAUUAGUAAUUGUAGAUCUCAAUUUAGACUAUCAAGUAGACUGAUAAUUGUUUAAACAGUCUUGGAGCUACCCACAGCGCUGUUCAAUUUUAAACAUACUGAGGACUUAAAAACAGUUUCAAGUGGUGGAGUAUCAAAGCCUGGUACAGAUUCCCUAGGGGAAAUGGCGUUUUCUUGUUAAAAUUACUUUUAUAUCAUUUGUAUGUUAUUUUGUAAAGAUAUUUAAGUUGAAGUUAUCUGGGAUUUUUUUAUUAUCAUUAUUAUUAGUUUUAAAAAAUUGUGAAAAUAAUAUUCAACAUUAUUUUAAGGAAAUCAAGUUAGUGGGACCGGAGAAGCUUGUUGUUAAUGUCAGAACAAGUUUUGCUCAGGGGUGUAAUUAUGGUGGCAGUUACUAGCUGGGUCAAAAGAAAUGCCAGUGCUAUCUGAAUUACCAAGGUUAUAUACGGUUUUAACAUGGUUUCAGUACCUAAAAUGUUGUUGACCAUUAAAAUACUUCAUAGCACACAAAAGUAGAGAAUUCAUUGGUGCAAAAAAAAAAGUUCUUAAGACAUGACCAAAGUAAAUUAAAUGAACUAGUCAUAUGUUAUCAUGUCAUGAAGGCAUACAUCUUUGUAUUUGAUUUGAACAAGUGUUAGAACCUCAUUGUUCCAUGUUCAGUUUAGUGAAUUCAAAACCAUGUCCAGAUGUUGGUACAACUUUUGUAUUUCCUAUGUUUCUAGAAACAAAGAAUGGCAGCCUAAUUUUAUUUGUAUGUAUUCAGGUAGAUAUGUUUUCCUAUAACUUUGUAUUGUUUGAAAAGUUCCCACAUAUUUCUGCUAUUGGAGUAUAUUUUAUGUUUUCUCCUAGACAUUGCAUUGCGGCAUUUUUCAUGCAUCUGUACAUCACUGAAUUGAGUUACUGAAGGUGUUAUUUAUUUUUAUGGUGUGAGACACAAAAGAAUGUAUUGGUUGUAAGUCCAGGCCCAAGAGGCUGUUGUAAAUGUGUAUACAUGUAUAGAUAUCUAUUCAAACAGUUAAUCUUUAGAGCUAGAUGACAUUCGUAGGCACUGAUCUUAUGAGUGGUCUUUUAGUCUAUGAAUACUUCUUGUACUUUAUACAGUUAUUGACUAUUAAAUAGUUAAUGCAUUUUAAA